AAAGUGCUUCUCCCAUCUGUGCAAGGAAAAGGGCACUGAUAGUCUUUACAUUUAUGUUUAUUUGCUUUCUGAGGACAACACAGUGUAGAAAAAAUACAAUUAACCACAGUGUGAUCUCAGGAAAUGAAGUCUCUGUAUUACAAAAUCCAUACAGAUCAAGCCAAAAGGAAUGCAGGACAGCUGCAGACCACGCACGUUCACAACUUCUGGGGCAUAUUUGCUCUCUUCUAGAUGGCAGACCCCCCCUCCGAGGGCGACGGCACCUCGUUCCUGGCACACGUCCUUCCGGUGUGGCUCAUUGUGCUGCUUGUCCUGAGCACAGCAGCUGUGAUGGGCUUCCUGCUGGCCUGCCCGGCACUCUCUCUCAUCCUCUACAGGAUCCAGACAGGCUCUGGCACAACAGCCGAGGCACCACGUGAUCCUACAUUUCGGCACGUAUCACUGCCUACCUGUUGGCCAUCUCUACAUGGAUGUUUGAUCACCACCUACAACUCAACCUCUCCAAAACAGAGAUCCUACACC